AUGGGAAAUAUUGUGCCUAUUCCUGAUUGGUGCGUGUCUCUCCUCCCCCCCACCCCCAUCAGGCUGCAGGGGAACAUACUGAGGGAUGGAUCUGGGCUUCGGAGGAACAGCAGCUCCUCAGUGAUUAACCUCGACGGGUGUGAGAAGCUGGAGUUUGAGGUCUCUGACUUCUUCCUGUUCGGCUGCCCUUUGGCCCUGGUGCUUGCUCUGCGGAAGACCAUCGCUCCCGGUUUGGACCUGGUGAAGUCCCGGCCCGCUUGUCAGCACAUCUACAAUCUCUUCCAUCCCGCUGACCCAUCCACCUUCCGGCUGGAGCCUCUGCUGGCCAAGGAUUUCCACAUGAUCCCGCCGUUCAUCAUCCCGAGAUACCAGAAGUUUCCGCUGGGAGACGGGAACUCCUCACUCCUAGCUGACACACUUCAGUCCUACCCCUCGAUGUUCAGCGGUGUCCCUGAGCCAAUGUCCACCACCAUGCUGACUCCCGCCCACAGCGAUAUCUGGCCGAGCAGUGAGCACCUCGUCUCCACCGAAGGACAAGCAGCCCAGCCAGCCAGUCCGGCACCGUGUAACGUUGCCCGGGUGAUCGAGAGAUGGUGGGGGUCUAAGCGCAUUGACUACGCUCUGUACUGUCCAGACGCCCUCACUGCAUUCCCCACAGUUACCCUUCCACACCUCUUCCACGCCAGCUACUGGGAGUCAACCGAUGUCGUGGCUUUUAUACUCCGACAGGUGAUGAAGCAGCAGAACGUGGAACCCGAACAGUCGGGCCUGGAAAUCUCGGACUACAGCCCUCCGCUACCUCGCGAGAAGUGGUUGCGCAGACGCACCCAGGUCAAGAUACGGAACGUGGCAGCCAAUCACAGGGCCAGCGAUGUGGUUGUGUCUGUCGGUGGCCCCCAGGUCUUGAGCGGGAGAUUCACCUACGGGCCCUUGGAUGUUGUCACGCUGACCGGCGAGAAGGUUGACGUCUACAUCAUGACCCAGCCUUCGUCGGGGAAGUGGAUCCAGUAUGGUUCCGAGACCACCAGCAGCAGCGGAAGGAUCUGCUGCAGCCUCCCGCCAGACAAGUGGCUCCCCCUUGGCACUUACCCUGUCCGCAUGUUUGUCAGGGGUGACCACACUUACGCAGAGUGUUAUCUCUCAGUGCUACCGAAAGGAAUGGAAUGUGUGGUCUUCAGUAUCGAUGGUUCCUUCGCCGCUAGCGUCUCCAUCAUGGGCAGUGAUCCCAAGGUGCGGGCUGGAGCUGUCGAUGUAGUGAGACACUGGCAGGACCGUGGCUACCUGAUUGUCUAUGUCACUGGACGACCGGACAUGCAGAAACAGAAGGUCGUAGCCUGGCUCUCCCAACACAACUUCCCUCACGGUAUCGUUUCCUUCUGCGAUGGCCUCGUCCACGACCCACUGAGGCAGAAGACUGCCUUCCUACAGAGUAUGGUGCAGGAGGCUCAGGUGAAGAUUGAAGCGGCCUAUGGCUCGAUGAAGGAUAUCUCGGUGUACGCGCUGCUCCCUGUGCCGGCCCAGCAGGUCUACAUUGUCGGCAGGCCAUCCAAAAAGUGGCUGAAUCAGUGCCAGUUCCUGAGCGAGGGCUACAUGACGCACCUAGCGCAGCUGGAGAACCGGAGGACCCACGCGGCCGUGCCCGCCAACGCCCGGGUGGGUCUGGCCAAGGGCAGCUUCGCAGGCGCGGGCAGGGGCAGCUUCCCCCGCACCGCCUGCCCCCCCCGCUGCCGCUCGGAGCACGGGGGCUCGGCCGGGGUCACCGAGCAGGCCCGCAAGCCACGGAGCGUCAGCCUCCGCUUCAACAGCGAGCCGUGA